AUGUCACGAGGUGACAAACGAGACAGAGACCGCGCCAAGACUCAGGCGAGACUGGCCCAAAAGUCAAAGGCCAAUGCCAGGGAAGGACGCCCCGAAGACCGGAAUGCCAAUGAUGCUGCCGCCUUGCAAGCAAAAGUAGCCGCGAAAAAGGCCGCCAAAGACGCCGAGGCGGGCAAUGCUCCGUCCAAGGGACCUGUCGCACGCAAAGCCAAGAACAAGAAACAACAAGACUUGGACGAUCUUCUCAAUGCUGGAUUGACUACUGGAAAAAAGAAGGGAGCCAAGGCCUAA